AUGGCUUAUGACGUCCAACGUGCGACAGGUUGGUCAGGCAGACUCCAAUGGACAAAUUCGCACGCAAGAACUGAGGCCCGCAGCGAGAGCCUUCAGGUUUUCAUGCGAGAAAGGAGGCUCUGCGUAGCCUGCUGCUUGAGCCAGAAGAGUGCUGUUGGCAGUCUACGCAGGCCGCAAGAUCCGUACAUCCGCGGGAUGCCGCAUAAGCGGCCUUCACCUGCAGCUCGAAUCCUUCGAAACAAUGGUGCUUUAAACUACCAGACCCUUCACCGACAUUUGGCCUUAGACACGGCUAGUCGCCGCCGUCCACGUGCUCACAACUCCGGCGCCGGCUCGUCCACUUGCGACCCACUUCUGCCGGUGAUCAACGGAAUCUUCCUCGGCGGGGUAGCAUCACCAAUCUCAUUCUCAAUCCCAGCCGUAUGGGAUAGGAUUCUUGGCGAAGACUUCGGACUUUGA